UGGAUAAUAUUCUGCCGGAAAGCAGUUCAACGAAAUGGACGCUGUGUGAACAGCCUUAGUAUGCGUUUGCUUUGUUUCAGUUGGUAGAAUUGUAUGAUUUUUGAUCGUAUUCUUCAGUAAUAUUGACCCGAGGGGUGUAUGGUAGGAGUUUAUGUUUAGCUAGUGUAACAUGGCUGAAAAUUUCGAUAACCUCGAAGAGCAUCUGGAGAAGUUCAUAGAAAAUAUCAGACAGCUAGGAAUCAUCGUCAGCGACUUCCAACCGAGUAGUCAGACAGGGCUGAACCAAAAACUAAAUUUCAUGAUCACAGGAUUGCAGGACAUUGAGAAGUGUCGACAACAACUGCACGAUAUUAAUGUACCCUUGGAAGCAUUCGAAUACAUUGAUCAGGGUCGUAACCCUCAGCUGUACACUAAAGAGUGUUUGGAGAGAGCCCUGGCAAAAAAUGAACAGGUGAAAGGAAAGAUUGACACCAUGACGAAAUUUAAAAGUCUUCUCAUUUCUGAGUUGGGAAAGGUUUUUCCAGAAGAGAUGGCCCAGUAUAAAGCUAUUCAUGGGGAUGAUCCACCAUCGUAGUGGCUAGCCUUCCGGUUUAAAUAUUGCAAAAGCGUACAUAUGUAUAUACACAGCACCUUGCUAAAAAUAGUUAUAUGCCAUAAUGUUUAAACUUGUGGUUCAUUAAAUUUUAUACUGAAGUAACACUCAAACAAUUGUACAUGCUGUAGCAGUGUCUUCUGAAAUUGAUUGUGCCACAUAAGGAGAGAGUUUUGUUAUUGUGAGCCCUGGAUAAGCCAGGGAACAGGAGUGGUGUUAAUUUUUACAUAACCAAAUGUAAUUUUUUUCAAUAAAUGAAUUUGGGAUUCAA